AUGGCUUUUCAUCAGAAGAAUCCACAAUGCUCACACAGUGAGAUGCUGGGCCUGGAGCUUGCACAGGUCUCCCAGGCUCUGGAGGAGACCCAUCUCUCCUCCUGUCCUACAAUGCCUGGCAAUUCAAAGGGGGCUCCUGAUGCUGGCAUACCUAGUGCUCCUGAGGGUGUUCAGAGUUUCCCCUCAUCUUCCACUGCUGUCAGAGCCAACUCAUCAAGCAAAUCGUAUACAGGCUCCAGUAACCAAGAGGAGAAUGAUACGGCCUCACAGGCUGGGCCAGACCCCAGGAAUGUGCCCAUAGAUGCUUUUGAUAAGAAUGUGGGUUUGUUGGUGAAUUUCAUGCUGCUCAAGUAUCAAAUGAAAGGGCCACUAACCAAGGCAGAUAUGUUGAGUGUCACCAAGGAGUACAAAGACCACUUUGUUGAGAUCUUCCUGAGAGCCUCUGAGCGUCUGGAGAUAGUCUUCGGCCUUGAUGUGAAAGAAGUGGAUCCCAUCAACCACUACUAUGGCAUUCUCAUCAAAAUUGGCCUCACCUAUGAUGGGAUGCUGCAUGGUGAAAAGGGCAUACCCAAGACCGGCGUCCUGAUACUUAUCCUGGGUGUGAUCUUCAUGAAUGGCAACCGUGCCACCGAAGAGAAAAUCUGGGAAGUUCUGAAUUUGACGGGGAUAUAUUCUGAGACGAAGCACUUCAUCUUUGGAGAGGUCAGGGAGCUCAUCACGAAAGUUUUCGUGGAGGAAAACUACCUGAAGUACCAGCAAGUGGCCAACAGUGAUCCUGUGCAAUUUGAAUUCCUGUGGGGCCCAAGAGCGCAUGCUGAAACCACCAAGAUGCAAGUCCUGGAGUUCCUGGCCAAGGUUAAUGGGACUGACCCAAGUUCUUUCCCAUCGCAGUAUGAGGAGGCUUUGCAAGAUGAAGAAGAGAGGGCCCAUGCCAGAAUUUCAGCCAUGGCUGCCUCUACCUCCAUGGCUACUGCCAGUUUUAGCGCCAAGCCUAGCAGCUUCUACCACACUUAG